AUGGUUCGAGCAAUGUCUGAUGCUCAUCUAGCGCCCUCAUCUAGCUCUGAUAAGGUCGAUUCACACCGCAAUUCGAGAAGCUCUUUGUUUCCUCGACAAACAGCGUCUGAAAAUGAUGACUCUUCUGGUGCUGAUGAAUUAUCACCCGAUAGCGGCGACAAGAAGCCUGCCGCGAGUAUUGAAGCGAAUUGUUGGGAGAAUCAUAACGAAUCCAUAGCUCGACUUCUCGAAGAAGUAGGAAAAUAUCGACGUUCGCUUGUGUGGACGAGAGUGUUCUCCACAAGUGACGAUCUCAUGACAAAGAAGAAAAAUGGAAUAAAAAAAAUAACCAGUGGAACAACGAAAUUCGUGAAAAAUACGACAAGAGGUCUUUAUCUUGCGUCAAUAAUUUACAAAAACGGUAAAAUUCUAUGCACGAACGAUGACGGCAUCCCAACGUUAUGUGUUGACGACGCCGUCACAACCAUAUCAGGUGAACAUCAUCACUGGCUUAUUAAGAUGUCGUGGUGCUGGGAAUAUAUCAGUGGUCUUAUCGACUCAAAUUCCAACAAUAACGAUAACAGCGAAUGUUUGACGUCAGUACUAUAA